AUGCCACCAUUGAAUGAAUUCAGUCGCUACGAUGUGGGUGUGGCAGACUUUGCUUUCGAGUUUCAAGAGCUCCACAUAGACAGCUUUCCACAUCUGCAAGGAAUCGCCCCUGAGAUCCGACAGGAGAUUCUUCGUUAUCUGCUGAAUGUCGAGCGCUGUCGUGUUGAGACCGAGAAUCAGGACUGGGUUCACGGCUACCAGCGAACGGGUGAAAAGGCGAAUGUUUCGUCGGGACGGCCACUAGAGGGACGCGCACUACAAAGCUGGCUAUUCAACGAGUCGCAAAGUCUCUCCAACGAGCUCUCCUCUAUCAGAGGCUCAAGUCCUUGGGUUGUCAAACUCGACCUACAUCCAGCGAUCUUGAACGUCAACAAGCAGUUCUUGGUAGAAGGUAUGAAUCUCAUUGCAAGUGAGAAUAUCUUCAUCCGAAUUCGCAGCGACAUCCCCAACUACAAUGUUCAUCUCCGAAAAUUUGGCCUGCCAGUUUUCACCUACCACAAACGACCCUACCCAGAGAUGUGUCGGUACGAAAGUAUGAUGAAAGCCUCGGGGAUAGGAUCUCAAUCCUUCAGAGUCAUGAUCGAGAUCGACAUGCGAACCGACCAGACCAACCUUCUUUCCAAAUUGAAACACUUCUACCUGAUCCCAUUCAAGGACAUCGAUCAAGUCAUCCGAGCUCUGUACCUAACAAAGGGACGCGAAGAAGCAUGGUUCCGGUUCAGUAUCAACCUCAAACACGUCCCGGACCCCAUGAAAUCCUCCAUCGACAUACAAGUCACACAGUGGAUGUCAAAUUUCCGUCCCGUCGGCUCAAUCUCCAUCAUCAUACCAGCGGAGGGUUUCGAAAGUUUUCCCAUAACAGAUCUUCUUACCCAACCAUUCAACAUCUGGGAAUUCGUGAUUGCGGUCCAGAAAAUCACAGGAUUCACUCAAACCAGCAAAGCUCCUCUACCCGCACGACCCAAACCCUCCGGGCCCGAAGACAGAUAUAAAUCGUUAACGCAGCUUUCUCAACUCUCCGCGAUCUUCACCCAGAACCACGAUCUGUUGAAACGCUCUCAUCGAGAAGCGGUUGAGUUGCUAGCGACACUAGCUUCAGCACCCCUUUACACGCUCCUGCAGCUCGAAUACGCCGCCGUCAAGGCCUCAGCCCCUGACAACGAGAACAACAAUGCCAGCAACGACCGUGUCAUGUCAAAAUGGCAUCUUACCAUUCUCCCUCUCUCCACGCUCCUGGCUUCUCUUCCACCCCUCUUUCGCGGUCAACGGCUCCAGUCCCUCCACAUCCAUAUCCACGUCCUCGCCGCCCUCGGCCACGAACGCCGUACUUCAGCAAUAACGUUCGAACUGCUUGUCACGCUGCGCAUGCGCAUCCUGGAACACAGUCUAAGCCAAAAGGAGGGUCCUGGUGCCGAGGCUGAGGAUGAUUCAGGAUUAGUGGUUAGGAGUAAUGGGUGUGGGUUGAGCAAGAAGACUAGGGCGCUCGUUGGGGUCACGAAAUAUGCGCUUGAGAGGGGCUUUGUGGAAGAGGCUGGGUGGGGUGAGGUUUGGAUGAUGGGGCUCUGGCAGGAUCUGUGUAGGGAUGGGUGGCUAGUUGUGCAGGAGAUGGAUUGUGGCGGAAAGGGUAAGGGUAUGGAUGACGGGAGUAGUGCUGCUGGUGAUGGUGGUGACAAGAAGGUCGGAGAGACAGAAGGAGGAAAGAAGGUGAGCGUGGGCUUGGAGGAUAUCUGGAAGCUGAAGUGGGGUGGGAGAUUCGCUUGA